UAGUGUCGACGCACCUAACGCCAUCUGUUGGCAGCCGCGAGAACUAACGAUGACCAUGGAAGGGAUGCGCGAGGGCCGGCGGCCGCCACCCUCCUACCAGCACCGUCACUCUCUCAUCUACCUCGACUUCACACAUUGCCAAUUACCUUGUACCUCUGUAUUUUUGAAAAAUUAUAAUAAAUUUAAAUUCAAAAUUAAACAAAUACCAAAAUUCAUUGAAGAGUUCCCUGCCCGCUGAUAGCUAGCCUAGGAUCCAAGUCAGUAGCCGCAACAUAUUGGUCCUUCGAGCCGGAUUCAUCGCAGAACCAGCUCAGCAUCACGGUCAGGCCAGUAAACCCUUCCUUCCCUCCUCAACCAUUCUUCGAUUUGUGCUAAUACAGUGUUUAUGUGCAAAUUCCAGUGAUUACCUACAUACGCGCGACCGCUACGGCUGUCCGAGCGCAGACCGCGCGCCACGUGUCGAACCUUCUAGAACAACUGUGAGUACUUGCCUUCUUUCUUUCGCAAUCCACCAAAAUGCCUAAAAAUAGUGAUGAAUCAGUAGGGAGUGAUAAUGCGGAAGAUAUUAUUAGGGAUUUAAUCAAAAAAAGAGGGGUUGUUAAGGGUAAAUUCACAUUAUUUUCAAAACACGUGCAAUCUGUAGAUGGGGAAACAUUAUCAGAGUUACAAAAAGCAGAAUUACAAGAGCGGUUAAAUAAGUCACAUCCGUUACUUGAUCAAUUUAAUGCUAUUCAAGAUGAAUUAGAAUUGUUAGUGUCAGAAAUUCAGUUAGAAAAGGAAUUAAUUGAACGGGGAACCUUUGAGAACCAAUACUAUGCUAUAGUAGCUAAGUGCAAGUGUAUUUUAAAAGAAUCCUUGAAACCACAUGGUCAGAACAAUACUUCUAGAAGCAUGAUAAAAUUACCUACUAUCUCAUUGCCUUCCUUUGACGGAUCGUAUGAUCAAUGGCUUGAGUUCCGUGACACCUAUUUGUCGUUAAUUCACAAUAGUAUUGAUAUUGAUAACGUGCAAAAAUUUCAUUACCUACGUUCAUCAUUAACAGGUAACGCGCUUCAAGUAAUAAAAUCGCUCGAAUUCUCUUCUGAUAAUUACGUAACAGCUUGGGAGUUAUUGCAAAAUAGAUACAAUAAUAAUCGUUUGCUAGUCCACAAUCACGUAAAGGCUUUGUUUUCAACGCAAUCAUUGCAUAAAGAAUCCGCACCCCAUAUACGCAAAUUAAUAGAUAACGUUUUGAGAAAUAUGCGCGCUCUAAAAACUUUAGGCGAACCUACGGACUCGUGGAGUACCCUCAUAAUAUAUAUAAUUGUCUCAAAACUAGAUUCUGCAACUGAACGGGAGUGGGAACUUUAUAAAGGCACUAUAAUUAACUCUGAAGGUGAUUCCGAUAUUAAAUUGUCGCUUGCUGAUUUAAUUAAAUUUCUUAAAGACCGGGCCGAUGUACUGGAAACGAUUAACUUGUCUCAACAAAAUAAAAGCACACAAAAUGACAAUAACUCUAAAAAAGUUACGCCCAAUGUACAAAAAUCACACAGUUAUGUUGUCACACAAAAAAAUAAUACUAAACAGCCAUUAAAUUCAUCUCGCUCUAAACGUUAUUCAUGCAUUAUGUGCAACGCAAAUCACCCGCUUUACUCUUGCGAAUCGUUUCUUAAUUUAUCGAUAGCAGAUAGGGUAAAAUACAUAGAAGAUAAAAACAUUUGUCGCAAUUGUCUGCGCGCCGGUCACGCGGUAGUCGACUGCUGGUUCGGGCCGUGCAAACAAUGUAAUAAAAAACACAACUCAUUAAUUCAUAACGAAUGUGUAGACUCUGGUGCAUUAAUAUCUUCAGCAGUUCUCACUUCGCAAGUGCAACCGCAGCCCGAGGCGGCUACGGCAGGCUCACAGCCAUUGCAAUCCGCAUCUCACACAACGCACACGUUAUAUAACGUCAAUAAUAACACAGAUCAAGUGUUAUUGUCGACGGCAUUAAUAGAAAUCGCGGAUUGUAAUAAUAAAUAUCACACAAUUAGAGCUCUUUUAGAUAACGGCAGUCAACAAUGCUUUAUCUCAGAAGCUGUAUGUAAACAACUCGGCAUUCCAUUGAUACAGUCCACUGUUCACGUCACAGGUGUAGGUAACUCCGUCACCCAGUCCACACUAUCAUGCGAGGUUCAAGUACGAUCUAAAACUAGUUCAUAUCUCACACGCUUUAAUUGCCUAGUUUUAUCCCGUAUUACCGCGCAGUUGCCAUCGAUAGGCAUCAAUCAUAACUUGCAAAUUCCAGAAGACAUUCCACUAGCAGACCCAGAAUUCCACUCCCCUGGUCAAAUAGAUUUAUUGAUAGGAGCCGAUAAGUUCUGGGAUCUAUUAAAUGACGGUUUAAUUAGAUUAGCUAAAGGUCCGUUUUUGCAAAAUACAAAGUUAGGUUGGAUAAUUUCCGGUUCAAUCAAUAGUAAGCACUCGCGCAUUAAUCGAGUGCAUUGUAACUUUACCCAGACCUUAGACGCACAACUUAAGCAAUUUUGGGAGUUAGAAGAAAUUACUUCAUGCAAUAAACUCACAAAAGAUGAAGCGGCAUGCGAAAAAUUAUUUAAAGAAACGACUUUACGCGACGAUACGGGUCGUUUUUCAGUGCGCAUACCGUUAUGCGAAUCAGCUGAUGUAUUAGGAGAUACAUUUAGUUUAGCACAAAAUAGGUUUUAUGCCCUUGAACGUAAAUUAAACCGAUGCGCGCCCGAAUAUAAACAAUUGUAUGUUGACUUUAUGAGCGAAUAUUUAAACCUAGGUCACAUGAGUCUAAUUGAUGAGUAUGCUAAGCCAUGCUACUUUCUACCACAUCACGGUGUCUUCAAAGAAAGCAGUAGCACUACCCGUCUGAGGUGCGUUUUCGACGCAAGUGCAAAAUCGUCAUCAGGAAAAUCGUUAAACGAUAUUCAAUUAAUAGGGCCUGCUUUACAAAACGAUAUUUUCUCAAUUUUAUUGCGGUUUCGACAAUACAAAUAUGUCGCAUCUGCCGAUGUGGAAAAAAUGUAUCGACAGAUUUUAAUACAACAAGACCAACGAGAUUUGCAAUUAAUUCUUUGGAGAGAAAAUCCAUUUCAGCCUUUAUGUGUAUAUCGUUUGAACACAGUUUCGUAUGGCACGGGCUCAGCCCCAUGGCUUAGUAUGCGUUGUCUUAAACAGCUCGCGGCGGAAUGCACGGAUGACGUCAUCUCACGAGUCAUCAAUGACGAUUUUUUUGUCGACGACUUAGUAACAGGACAUGAUGAUAAGGAACAGCUGUUACAAAUAUGUAACGGGGUUUCAAAUGUAUUAAAAUCGGGCUGCUUUCAUUUAAGAAAAUGGAUUUUCAAUUCAGACAUUCAAAAUUCUCAAAGUAUAUUUUCGUCUAAAGAUCUAUCGCUCGGUGAUAAUUGUCAAACGAAAACUUUAGGUAUGGGGUGGUUUAACAAUUCCGAUGAAUUAAAUUACUCGACAAGACACGUUAAAGACAUAACUCCUGUUACUAAACGCACAAUUUUGUCUACAAUUUCACAAAUUUUUGACCCGCUAGGUUUGCUGGGCCCUACUGUCAUUAUAGCUAAGAUUUUAAUGCAAUCUUUAUGGCUUUUGAAGGUCGGCUGGGACGACCCGUUACCUACGAACACUUUAAUAAAAUGGCAUAAUUUUGUUGAUAAACUAAAAUAUUUAGAAACAAUUCGUAUACCUCGUCACAUUAAAGGCGAUAAUUGUUUACACACAGAUUUACAUAUUUUCUCUGACGCGUCACAGGCUGCUUAUGCGGCGUGUGCUUAUGUGCGUACCUACACAGAUAACUUACCUGUAACAGUGCGAUUGUUGUGUGCGAAAAGCAAAGUAGCACCCGUAAAACCGGUUAGCAUUCCUCGUUUAGAACUAUGCGGGGCGUUACUAGGUGCACGAUUAUACGCAAAAAUCACUGAGUCACUCAGAUUAAGUUUUAAUAAAGUGCAUUUCUGGACUGAUUCGACUAUUGUGCUUGGGUGGCUUCGAAUGUCACCAAGUUUACUUAAGACAUUUGUGCAGAACAGAGUAGUGGAAAUCAAUGAAUUAACUGGCGAUUCGCAAUGGUUUCACGUGGCCGGUAAACAGAACCCGGCUGACAUGCUGUCCCGCGGGCUCGCGCUGGACGAGCUGCAGGCGGCGGGCAUGUGGUGGAGCGGCCCCGAGUACUUACGUGAUAACAACUUUAACCCGUCACAGGAGAACGUCACAAUAAAUACUGAUAACAUCGAAUUACCGGAAUUAAAGUUAGAAAAAACAGUAUUGACCCCAAUGAUCUACUCCCACUCACACCAGCUCACUUCCUCAUUGGCCGACCGCUCACCGCUCCAGCUGGCGAAGACCUGACGGCUACUCCAACGCUGCGCCUAUCACGCUAUGAUCGCGUGGAG